AUGUCACACGCGCUACUGAGCGCCGCACAGCCGGCCAGCCUCUCCAAGUUCGCCCUCCAACUCGAUGGGAAGGCGCACCUGCUGUCUAUCGGCGACGAGAAGCUUGCUAAGGCUGCCCUAGCUGCCGCCAAAGACGUCUUUGAUCAAGGCCUUGAGCUAGAGUCCAUCUCCCACCCCCACCUCCACCCGUUCAUCGAGUCCAUCUCUGGCGAGCCGGCCAUCACCACCCGCGCAUCCGCCAAAGGCAAAGGCGCGCAGCCGCCUCCUCCCGCGCCCGAGGAGGUCCUCCCCUACACCCCUCUCUCGGCACUGACUAUCGACGGUCUGGAUGCCGAGCAAAUAUGGCAGCAGCUGGAACUGCGCAAUGCGGGGAUCAUCCGUGUUGUUGGCGAGAUUGGCGGGGAGGUGAUUGAUCCGGAUGAUGAGGAUCUGGCGGUGGAUGAUAGUGAGGAGAGCGAGGAGGAUGAGGGCAGUGAAGGGGAGAUGACACUGGAGGAGUUUGAGGCGAUGGUCGCUGAGCGGGGAGAGGGGAGUGAGGAUGAUAGCGAAGAGGGAAGCGAAGGGGAGAGUGACGAAGAGGCGUUUGAUCUGAAGGGGAGCGAUGAGGAGGGGGGGUCGCUGAUGGAGGGGUGGGACGAGGAGGAUGAAGAGGAUGAAGAGGAUGAGGAGGGAGACGACGAUUCAGACGAUGAAGAGGAGGAAGAGGAGGAAGAGGAGGAAGAGGAUGAGGAGGAUGAGGAUGAAGAAGGGGACGAGCUCGACAUGGGCGGGUUGAUGGAUGACGACAUGGACGGACUCAUGGAGGAAGCCAGCGACGAUGACCUGCCCGGACCAUCCCGCCGUAAGACACACCCUACGCUCGACGACGAGUUUUUCAGCAUCGACGACUUCAACCGAAUGACGGAAGAGACGGAAGCGGGGCGGACAAGUAGCGGGCGGCUAGGCGGAGAGGACGACAAUGAGGAGAUUGAGGAUGUCUCGCAGGCCAUGCUGAGUGGUGUCAACGAGGAUGAGCCUUUGAUGUAUGGGGACUUUUUCGACCCGCCCAAAAACGCCGCUCCUGCAAAAAGCGGCAAGGUGGACAAGAAGGGCAAGGGGAAGAAGGGGAAGGGUGUCAAGUUUGUCGAGGAGGCACCGGUAGACCCCAGUCGGGAUGUCAUGUCCAGGGUGAAGGGGGAUCUGUUCGACUCGGAUGAUGAAGAGGAGGAAGUGAAAAACCUCUCGACACAUGAAAAGCAACAACUCGCGCUCCAAGAGCAAAUCGCCGAGCUCGAGGCUCAAGCUAUCGGUCCAAAAGACUGGACACUGCUUGGUGAAGCCUCAUCACGCGCGCGGCCGGAAAACUCGCUUCUCGAGGAGAAUCUCGACUUUGAGCACGCCGGAAAGAUCGUGCCUACCAUCACCGAGGAGACGGUCAAGACGCUCGAAGAUCUGAUCAAAAAGCGAAUCAUUGACAACAACUUUGAUUCGACCGUUCGUGUACGCGCAUACGAGCCGAACGCCUUCCUCCCUUCCCGGUACCUGGAACUGCAGGAUACGCAGUCGACCAAAUCCCUGGCCCAGAUCUAUGAGGAAGAUUACCAGGCGCAGGCGUCCGGGACCAAGGUCAAAGACCCGAGGGAUGAAAAGUUGAAGAGGGAGCACGGGGAGAUCGAGAAGCUAUGGGAGGAGGUAUGCUACAAGCUCGACUCGUUGAGCAGUCUCAACUUUGUCCCGAAACAACCCAAAGCACAGAUCACCACGAUCGACAACCUCCCCACCACCUCCCUGGAGACCGCCCUCCCUACCACCUCUACCGCCUCCACCAUGCUCGCUCCCGAAGAGCUAUUCGCACCCCCCAAAGCAUCCUCCCUGGUCGCUCGUUCCGAGCUUACACCCGAGGAGAAGCAAAAGCAGCGUGGCAAGGCAAGAAAGGGCAAGGCGGCGCAGCAGAAAGCACUGGGAGAUAUGGCGGAAUUGUACGGGAAGCGCAAGUCGGUCAAGGAGCAAAAGGAGGAGGCGUUGAAGGGGUUGGUCAAAUCUGGCAAGGGCGUGACGGUGGUCGGCAAAGGAGGAAAGGAGGUGGAGAAGGCGAGGAAGCGGCAAGCAGAUGCGGACGCGGUGCCGCAGGACAGCAAGCGGUUGAAACUGUAG